AUGGGCUCUGCUAAAUCCAGAACCCGAACCGCAGUUGACGAAGAUGAUUUCGAUCAUUCUUCUGAGACAAGAAAGACCUGCUGCUUUGCAGGAAUCAGGAAAUCCUUCAGCAAGGGCAAGAGGUGUAGAGGUGAUGGUAAUAAUAGAUGUGGUAUUGAUAGUUUUCACUACGAUGAUUAUGAUGAUACUAAUGGUGAUGAUGAUGUUGAUGGUGAUGGUGAUGUUCAUGAUGAUAACGAUGAUGAUUGUGGUGGUGUUGUGAUUUAUGAUCAUGGUGAUGGUGUUGGUGGUGGUGAUGGUGAUGAUGAUGAUGAUGAUGAUGAAGAGAAAGAAGAAUUUAUGACAGAGCAAAAACCGAUGACACAGCCUCAAAUGGCAUAUGGCAUCAGCAGUGGUGACGGCAUCGAUGACGCCACUCUGAUCAGCAACUACUCCUGCCAUCAGUCAUUGGUCACUUUGGUCAGAUCAGCCGCCAGUCUUGAGCCAAGAUCACUUCAUGAUUCUUGGUCUGCACCUGCUGUACUUGGUCAGGAUUGUCACCAGUUCUUGAUGCCACCAGCAGAGAGCGAUGUCGAAUCAGUUGUAUCUGACAUCGAGCAAGGGAACGACGAUGAUGGUGAUGCCGACAUCGAAUCCAACGAUGAUGUCAACACGGACUCGCUCAUUAGUCUUGUGUAUUACGAUAGUGAAUGCGACUUGUACAUUGUUGACAAUGAAGCCGAGAUCGACAACGAGGAUGACGUCGCAGAGUCGAGUGAUGAUGAGACCAUCUCACUGACAGACCGGACACCAUUGAUGGCCAUGGAGUAUCAUCAUGUUGACGUCAUCGAUGAAACGAUCACGGAUGAAGAGGAUGAGAACACCUAUAGCAUCUACUCUCCAUCUGGCUCAGAGGGGGAUUUUGACGUCACCAGUGACAAUGGUAUGACGUCACAAAUUUUUGAGGUUGAUGUCUUCAUUGGGAAGAUCCUGGCUGUGUUUGUGACCUUCCUAAUCUGGGCCUUCAUCCGUUCAUCGUUCUCUGUCAUCUACCAGCGCGGUGUCCAGUUCAUCCACGACCUCGUGACGGUCGAAGAGGAAACGGCCGUGGUCGUGCAUGGGGAAACAGAAGAUCGCACUCCCCAAGGCCAUCAAAACCGAUAUCCUGGCUCCAUCUUGGCUUACGUCCGCAACGCAGUCCAUGGCGUCUACCAGACCGGACUCCGGUUCGUCCAGGAUAUCAUGUUUAGGGAGGAUGGGGAGGUGGAGAGGGAGGAGGAAGAGGAGCAGGAGGUGGAGGCGGAGGAAACAGAGAAAGAUGACGAGGAGGGCAGUGAAGAUGAGGAGGACGAUGACGACACUGAAGAAGAGGAAAGCGACAACGGGGAUGAACAUGGGAGAGAAAAUGACGGAAUGUUGGAGAGAGAAAGAAGAUGGAGAAGGAGAAGGAGGCAUAUAAGAAGGAGGAGGAUAAGGAGGAUAGCUGUUGGGUGCUGUGAAGAAGAAGGAGGAGGAGGAGAAGGUUGA